AUGAAUAAAAUGAUUAGAAGGAACAGAUUUGGUGAUAGUUAUGAUGAUAGAGGAACUCCGCGUUAUCCUGAGAAACGCCCAGGUGAUUGGGUUUGUGAUGUUUGUAAAUAUCAAAACUUUUCUUAUCGAAGUGAUUGUCGUCAAUGUGGAAAUAGACCUGUCAAACGUGAUGUAGCAGAGGGAGAUUGGUUAUGUCCAAAAUGCGAUUUUUAUAAUUUCCAAAGUCGAUCAAAUUGUUUCAAAUGUUCAACACCAGCACCAUCAUCACUAUCGUCAUCUGAAAAUUAA